AUGAAGCAAUGGUUGCCUUCAAAGGAAGAUCAUCUCAAGAAGUAUCUUCCAAAGAAGCCCAAGAAAUGGGGAUUCAAACUUUGGGCUCGAUGUUCUUCCACUGGAUUUAUGCACAAGUUUGACAUCUACCAAGGCAAAGGAACUGGCAGAGAUGAUGAUGUUUCUGAUUAUGGACUUGGCGGGAAUGUGGUCCUUAAGUUGUGUGCAUCCCUCCCACCUAACCAAAACUUCAAGGUUUUUGCAGACAACUACGUUUCUAAUUUUGCCCUGGUGAGUGCAUUGGCACAACGAGGUCUCCACUAUGUUGGCACGAUAGCAAACAACUGUCUGCAUGGUGCUCCUCUUAAGUCAGAGAAAGAGCUGAAGAAAGAAGGCAGAGGUUCUUAUCACUGUGUUGUAGAGACAUCAAAGAACCUAUUUCUGGUUCUUUGGCUUGACAACAAGUGUGUAACCGUCGUGUCAUCAUAUCUUGUGGCUGAACCUGUUGGAUCUGUUCAACGAUAUGACAGGUAUAAACGCUAUAAAUAUAUAUGAUAAAAUAAUAUAUUAUACCUCAAAUUCAGAAAGCUAAGUUUGUGCCAUGUGAGCAUGAAAUUUAUCAUUGAAUCAUGCUUUACAUCAUCGCAGAUUUCAAUCAUCACACCGGGUGAUUUCUCAACUUGGAGGCUUUCAAUUUUCGGUGUAAUAUAUCAUUUAUAUACCUUCCGCUCAGGGAAUUUGGUGAAAUAUUACCCUCAGUCAUGAUAUUUCCUUCGUUUCACCAAAUUUCCCUCUCUCUGGGACUAGGUCUAUAAACGAUAAAUAUUACAAAGAUAUGAUAGGUAUAAACAUUCCCUUCAAUUUCCAAAAGCUCUCUUUAGGAGGUAAAAAAGGAAUUAUUUGUAUUUUUUCUUUAGAUCCCAGAAAAAGCAUAUAAGUGUUGAUCGACCUCAUGUGAUUGGUGUUUACAACAUUGGUAUGGGUGGUGUUGACUUGAUGGACAUGAUGUGCACUAUAUACAAGUACAAACUCAGAAAUAAAAGGUGGUAUAUGUACAUUUUUUACCAUACACUAACCAUUGCCAUUGCCAAUGCAUGGUUCUUGUACAAAUGGAAUUGCAAGAUCCUAAAUUUCAAAAAAGUGUUGCCCAUGAGGAAGUUCCAGGCCCAUGUACCAUCAGCCUUGUGUUCCGCAGGACAAUCUCCACGCGGCCGCCCAUCACUUGGUUCAAUUCCAAAGAAAAGGAAAGUUCAGGUGAAUUCUGCUCCUAUUGCCGACAUCAGAUUUGAUGGUAUUUGCCACUUCCCAUCUUUUGGAGAGAAAAGGCAACGCUGUAGGCACUGGUCCAGAUGGGUUUUCAUUUGUGCUUUGUCAGAAGUGCAAUAUGCCUUUGUGCUUGAACAAAAACCGAAACUGUUUCCAUGCUUACCAUGUUAA